UUAAUUUUCCGUGGCUGCCUCCUUCCGGUGCCCGAGCUGAGCUCCGUCCCUCAGUCCAAGCCGGCAAAGCCAUGACCACGCACAGCUUCGCGCUGCCCGUCAUCCUCUUCUCGAUCUUCUGGGGGCUGGUGGGAUUCGCGGGGCCCUGGCUUGUUCCCAAAGGCCCCAACCGCGGUGUGAUUAUUACCAUGUUGGUCACCACUGCCAUUUGCUGUUACCUCUUCUGGCUUAUAGCAAUCCUGGCCCAAGCCAACCCGCUGUUUGGACCCCAAUUGAGAAAUGAGAUUAUCUGGUAUGUGCGUUACCUGUGGGAGUGACCCAUGAUGCUGCAGAUUGUUUCAACAGGUUCUCUCCUGAUUUAGAUACAGCUCCAUGUCUUUCCCCCUCCAGUACCAAUUCAACAGAUUUGCAGCUAAAAUUACCCAGAACAGUAGGACCAAGUACAUAAAGGGACCAUUACACGUAUUCUUCAAUGCCUGUUUUCUCAGUCUGAAUUGAAGUUGACUUUUUCAUCCCAUUUUUUUCAAAAGCCCUUCCAAAGACCCUGAAAGUUAGUACUGUCAGCAGCUGGGGGUUAACUGUUGUAACUUGGAUCUUGUACAGAGGAAGCUCUGUAAAUCUUCUUGUUCAAGAGAUUAUGGGUUGGAACUAGACCUCAUCAUUUCACUCCUCAAGAUCUUCUAUUGCCGUAGUAGCAGCAUUUCAUGGAGAUCAAUAGGCUGCAUGGGAGGGGGGAGCAGCAGUAGGAAAAUUCUACCAUAGGAAAAUGCAGUCUGGAUCCAACCCAUUAUAUCUAGUACAUUUUUAUUUCCCCUACACCCCCAGAGGAACAUAAAUGAUUUUCUUUUCCUUACUUUAACCUUACAACAACUGGGUUAAGUAGAUGCGGCUGAAAUUGACUAGCACAAAGUUGCUCAGUGAGCUUAAUCAGUGUGAUUUUAUCCUAUCUGACAUACUAACUGCACCACAGUGGCUCUCACUACAGUUUUUUCUUGUAAAGAUAGGCUCACCCACUCAGCCUGUGCUCUCUCCUACGUUUGUGCCAAGAUGUAUUUGUCUAAAUUCUUCUCUCCUGAAUUGCUGACUUAUGUGUAUAUUUAUUUGCUAUAAACCUGUAUUGUGAAAAUAAAAAUUUUAGUAUGUGA